CUUGCCACGACUCCAGUUCCUCUCACAAUGGAUCUCGAAUCCGUGCAUGCUGCCGCUGACUCUCUGCAGGCCUCAAUUCCCUGUUCGUCCUGCAGGUCACGCAAGCAGAAGUGUGACAGAUCGUGGCCCAUUUGCUCGCGUUGUCAGCGGUGCGUCCACUGAGCCCAGCCCCUGGAGACUAUGGUAACAAAUUCAACAGGCUGCUACUAAAAUGUCAUUACUCUACCCCUAAUCCAUCCCCUCCCUUAUCAGACUCGACAGACACGAGUUCUGGUCGGUCACUAGUGCUGCCUAAUAAUCCCGAGCAAGCACUCGCCCAGGAAUUUCGCCUCCUCCACGAGACAGACUCAUUUCACUUCGCCCAGUUGACAAACCUGAUGAAUAAGCAUAAACAGCAGCUAGUGGACAUGGCUGAGAUAUUUCUCUCCUCUUGUCAAAGGUGGGUAGCGAUCCUCCACAAAGCCACUGUCAGAGAGCGCUACCGCAAUCUACAGGUGCAUGGGUCUCGGGAUUUCUUCCUUCUGCUACUCGCCAUGGGCAUGAUAACGCGGCCUCUAAUGAGCGGGAACAAACCUGACUUCCUGCGUGAGUCCAUGUAUGAAGCGGUGAAGCAGCUGUUUUGGGACAAGGACUCUGUCGCCCGUCCCUCAGUGACUCUGAUCCAAACAGGGGUACUACUAUCAGUGUACGAGUACGGACACGGGCUCCUGAAUCCUUCUUAUGUGACUAUCAGUGUCUGCUCUAGCAUGGCACAAGUCAUUGGACUGUGUAGUCCUCUGCAAGCCCCUUCUCUUCCGCGUCUGGGCAGCCCAUCGUCUCAGGAUGAGGUGCUGCAUACCUGGUGGGGCAUUGUCAUCCAUGAGCGUAUGAUCAGCCUCAAGAGUCACCUGCCGAUCCGACACCUGCAUAUGCAGGAUCCAAAAGUAAUGGACAAUAAAUUACUUGAAGCGGAGCUCCACACGAUUAUGCCAAAGCUCGCGAUUGAUAGCCACUAUGCAGCUUUUUACCUACCGGCUAGAGCUGCUAUUUGGUCAGAUUGUGUUCUUGAAAUAGUUCAAAGCCCUAUCGUAUCUUCCGAGGAAAGCCGUUUACGAUUUCGAAUUGUAGAUCGAGGUCUGGUCCAUUUCCUAAGGAUCCUAGUACAGUUGGAAAAUGAGGACAUGCUGUGAGGCGAUUGCCAUCAGUCUGAAGUUAGUAAUCCCAUCUUCCGGUCGGACCACCUUUACUGACCAGGAAAGAAAUGGAUCAUCACAGGCCAUCAAAACAAUUCUUACCCUUCUCGCAGACAUAGCCUCUGAUAACGUGUAUUCUCACAAGGGCAUGAGUGAGCUAAACGACGAGAUGAUUGAGGUUUUCCCAUACACGAUCACCAUGAUCUACCAGCUUCUACUCGAGAUGCGAGACUAUCUGCCACCACCAGAUUACCCGAGUUCAGCAGAGUCGCCUCAGCCACUUGAUGCUCUGCAGAGUGAGAUGAAGAUGAUGAAGUAUGUAUUGGAGAGGCAGAGUGUGCGGUGGGAGAUUUCGCGUACGUAU